CUUGACGCGCGCAAUUUAAAACCAGCUCUUGAUCCGCGGAAGGCAAGAUGGGUCCUCCAGGCACUGCCACAAUGAAUAAUUCUUCAGAGACACGUGGACACCCCCACAGUUCCUCCUCACCUUCAGAACGGAUGUUCUCAAUGCCAAUGGCUAGGAAGGCCCCUCUGAGUACAUCUGGCACCCCAGUCCUUGAAGACUUUCCUCAGAAUGAUGAUGAAAAGGAGCGAAUGCAACGGAGGCGCUCCAGGGUCUUUGACCUGCAGUUCAGCACAGACUCACCUCGUCUGUUAGCCUCCCCUUCCAACAGGAGUACUGAUGUUUCUACUACCAUCUCUAAAUUUACAAACACACAGAUUACAGAGCAUUACUCCACCUGUAUCAAACUAUCUACUGAAAAUAAAAUCACCACCAAGAAUGCUUUUGGGUUGCACUUGAUUGAUUUUAUGUCAGAGAUUCUUAAACAAAAGGACACGGAACCAACUAACUUUAAAGUGGCUGCUGGCACCCUGGAUGCCAGCACCAAGAUCUAUGCUGUGCGCGUGGAUGCUGUCCAUGCUGAUGUGUACAGAGUCCUUGGGGGACUGGGCAAAGAUGCACCAACCCUUGAUGAAGUAGAGGACCAUGGUGCAGAUGGAAGUGCUACUGAAACAGGAACAACCAAAAAGGUCCCAAAACCAAAGAAGAAGCAUUCAUACAAAACCAUCGAGCAGAAUAUAAACAACCUCAAUGUCUCUGAAGCAGAGAGAAAGUGUGAGGUUGAUCCCAUGUUUCAGAAGACUGCAGCUUCAUUUGAUGAAUGUAGCACAGCAGGAGUAUUUCUCUCCACCCUUCACUGCCAGGACUACAGGAGCGAGCUACUUUUUCCUUCUGAUGUCCAGAUCCUCUCCACUGAAGAACCUCCUGCAUUACCAGAUUUAGGUUCAGUAGAAAUGACAGAUUUAAAAGCACCCUUGCAGCAGUGUGUGGAAGAUCGCCAACUCUGCCCUUCCUUGGCUGGGUUCCAGUUUACUAAAUGGGACAGUGAAACACAUAAUGAGUCUGUGUCAGCUCUCGUUGACAAGUUUAAGAAGAAUGAUCAGGUAUUUGACAUGGAUGCCGAGGUUGAAGAGAAUGAUGACAGGGACUUCCUGGAUGGACACCAGGAGGAUGACUUUUACGCCAGUGAUGAACAAGACCAUUCCGCAGCUGGGGAUAGUGAAGAAAUCCAGAGCUGGAAAAAGCCCGGCCAGGUCCAAAGCUUCCAGAAAGAAAUGAUUUCCCUUGGAGAUGGAGACAUUGGGACUAUGUGUCCCUUUCUAUCAAUGAAACCUGGAGAAUAUUCCUAUUUCAGUCCCAGGACCAUGAAGAUGUGGGCUGGUCCAGAUCACUGGCGAUUUAGGCCUCGACACAAGCAAGAAUCUACGUCCCUAUCAGAAAAUAGAAAGAAGAGUACAAAGAAAGACUUUGAAAUUAACUUUGAUGAUGAUGUUGACUUUGAUGUGUAUUUUCGAAAAACAAAGGCUGCUACUGUUUUGACCAAGACAACUUUAGAGAACCAGAAUUGGAAAGCUACCACCCUUCCUACAGAUUUCCACUAUGAGAUUGAUACUCUUGUCCAGCUUCAUCUCAAACCAGGCAUCAGGGUUCUUAAGAUGGCCCAAGGCCAGAAGGCAGAGACUGAGCAUUAUGAAGACAUUGAAGACUAUGAUUACAACAACCCUAAUGACACCUCCAACUUUUGCCCUGGACUACAGGUUGCUGAAAGUGAUGGUGAAGAGGCAGAAAAUCUAUCUGAGGGACCUGUUGGGACCUUUGACCUCACAUCUUAUCCCUGCCAUACACCUAAGACAGCCGAGGAGAAUGGUGACACUCCUGAAAAUGAAGGAAUAGAUAUCACCACGUAUGGGGAAUCAAACCUUGUAGCUGAGCCUCAAAAGGUAAAUAAAAUUGAAAUUCAUUAUGCCAAGACUGCCAAGAAGAUGGACAUGAAAAAGUUGAAGCGGAACAUGUGGAGUUUGUUGACGGACUUCUCCAGAAAGGAUGCAGAUACUGAGGCAAACCGCAGUGAAAAUGGCAAGGAAGAGCCCUCAGAGAUGGUAGCUGAUGGGAAGAUGCUCAGUGGGCUCACAAAGGACCUACAGAAGAGCCUCCCUCCCCUCAUGGCUAAGAAUCUCUCCAUACCUCUGGCUUUUGCCUGUCUCCUGCAUUUAGCCAAUGAAAAGAAUCUGAAGCUGGAAGGAACAGAGGAUCUUUCUGAUGUUCAUGUGAAGCUAGGAGAUUGAAGCCAUUGCAUAAGUCAGCAACAGGAGGCCCAGCAAUUUCCACUCUGUGGGGAGGAUGAUGCUGUUGCAAACUACCAUUAGUGCCUGUGAUUGCUCCUCCCUUCUCCCCUUCAUAGUUGGUGCCACAGCCUGAAACUCCAUGACCAAUGAAGGAUACUACUAUGAGGACACCUAGGAGGGCAGAAGAAGGAGACGGGAGUUUCCUGCUUUGGACUGUGAAGACCUACAUCCAUUUACAUUUCUGCAUAGUUCUACCUAGAUUGACCUUUGUUAUUUUCUACACUUUACUCUUAAUAGAGAAUAACUUUUAGUAGGCUUUUGAUAUUGUCUUUAAAAGGCUCCCGAGUGCAAAUACAUCAUACAUACAUUGAUGAAUGUAUAUAUGUAUAUAGUCCUUAAAAAUAAAAUCAUUAAAUAUCUGA